UUUGCACGGAUUGGUAGAGUGUAGCGCAGGCAGUUGGGCAUGGAAGGGAAAGGAGGUUGCAAUUAGGAUGAGGUGUCAUUUCAUAAAAUAAUAUUUUUAAAAAAAAUCCUUUGUAUCUGAGCACUUAUUAAAAAAAUUCUUUUGCAUCUGAGCAUUGUAGGGAAUAUAUUAGGGACGCAGGGCGGCUAUCUUCAUUAAGUUAUCACCCGGACUUUGACCGUGUGUUUUCUUUUUCUGAAACCGGGGAGCAGACAGCCUUUGUGAAAAUGCUGCAGUUUUUAGCUGAUCUUUCCGUUUCAUAUAAGAUCUUCUAUUCGGUUUUACUGUUUUCGUGGACCGUCUACCUAUGGGAGGCAUAUCUUGCUUACAGACAGCGGAAGGUGUACAGGUCCACGACCCAUGUGCCGACGGAGCUGGGAAAGAUCAUGGACACGGAGACCUUUGAGAAAUCUCGGCUGUACCAGCUGGACAAAAGCACCUUCAGCUUCUGGUCAGGGUUGUACUCUGAGACCGAGGGGACGUUGAUUCUCCUGCUAGGCGGGAUUCCUUUUCUAUGGAAGCUGUCUGGAGUCCUCAUUGGAAGAGCUGGGUUGGGUCCAGAGUAUGAGAUCACUCAGUCCCUGGCAUUCCUGCUGCUGGCCACUCUGUUCAGUGCAGUGACGGGCAUGCCCUGGAGCAUGUACAACACCUUCGUCAUUGAGGAGAAGCACGGCUUUAACCAGCAGACUCUGGGCUUCUUCCUGAAGGAUGCUGUGAAGAAGUUUGUGGUGACGCAGUGCAUCCUGCUGCCGGUCACCUCGCUGUUGCUGUACAUCAUCAAGAUCGGAGGCGACUACUUCUUUAUCUACGCCUGGCUCUUCACCCUGGGCGUCUCUCUGGUGCUAGUAACGAUCUAUGCAGACUACAUCGCUCCUCUGUUUGACAAGUUCACCCCCCUGCCUGACGGGGAGCUCAAGGGAAACAUCGAGUCUAUGGCGAAGUCAAUCAGUUUCCCCCUCACCAAAGUCUAUGUGGUGGAAGGCUCCAAGCGCUCCUCCCACAGCAAUGCCUAUUUCUAUGGGUUCUUCAAGAACAAACGGAUCGUCUUGUUCGACACGCUCCUGGAGGACUACUCUCCUCUGAACAAGGCAGGGGAGCCGGGAGCAGGGGAGCCAGGGCUAGGGGAUCCAGGGCUAGAGCACCAGCCCAUCCCCGAGCACAGCGGGGAAAGCGAUAGCACUGAGAACAAAGCCAAACCGAAGAAUAAAAAGCAGGGCUGCAACAACCCAGAGAUCCUGGCUGUCUUGGGGCAUGAACUGGGCCACUGGAAACUGGGCCACACCGUGAAGAAUAUCGUGAUCAGCCAGAUGAAUUCCUUCCUUUGUUUCUUCCUGUUUGCUGUCCUGAUUGGCCGAAAGGAGCUCUUCACUGCGUUUGGUUUCUAUGACAGCCAGCCCACCCUUAUUGGCCUGAUGAUCAUCUUCCAGUUUAUUUUCUCCCCUUACAAUGAGGUGCUGUCGUUCUGUCUGACGGUGCUGAGUCGCAGGUUCGAGUUCCAGGCAGACGCCUUCGCUCGCAACAUGGGGAAGGCCACGGAGCUGUACUCCGCCCUGAUCAAGCUCAACAAGGACAACCUGGGCUUCCCCGUGGCAGACUGGCUCUUCUCCAUGUGGCACUACUCCCACCCUCCCCUGCUUGAGCGGCUGCGAGCCCUCAAGGGAGUCAAACAGGACUGACGGCCUGGGACUGGGGCCUUCCUGCUGCGCUGGCUCAGGAGAGGAGCCCGUCGUCUCCUCCAGACCCCCUGACCUGCGUUUUCAUUCUCCAUUCCUUUGUUUUUGUUUUAAACACGCGUUACAGAGAAUCUCAUCUACACUGGAAUGCAUAUGUUAAGGAACCACAGUUUUAUAACAAGCAAAACUUCCAGGAUCGAGACCCUUCCACCCCCUAAGUAAAAAUCCCCCAUUAUCGCCACAUGCAAAUAGAUGCACGUGUAAUACAUGUAGAAAGUACACAUAUAUAAAUUCCUGUCUGAAUUUGACUAAGCAUAGUGAACCGGACAGACACCUCUGAAGGGGAUGUUUUCCAAGUGUAGAUGGUGUCUACAUGAGGUACAUGAAAAUGCUCUCUCUCUCCAUUCUUUCUUGAAACAUAUGCAGCAGCAUAUACAUAUUUCGUGACAUUUUGAAGAUUUGAUUCAGUCUGUCUGGUAGCAAGGCUGACCUGUGCUUGCUUGAGGUCCAGAAUUACAUGACUUUUUAUUAACUAUUAACCCUGAAACCCCAAACCUGAGUGUUUUUUUUCCCUUCUGAUUUUCUUAAUUUGAUAUGCAUCCUGAAAGGUUCAUUGGAUUUUUCUUGUGAUCCCUUUUUUUUUUGUUUUAAACAGUUACGUUUUUUAAAAAAUUGGAUUUCAAGUUUAAAUUGUAAAUAUUUAUUUAAUUUGGAGAAAAAAAUAAUAAGAAAAAAAAUUGACGUGACCCUUUUUUUUUGUUUGUGCCUGCAUUUUUGUUGUGUGUAGUGCGAGUUUAGUGUGAAGAAGAUGCAUUGAUGCUUGCGUACAGCACGAUGCAAAGGAAACUACUGCUCACUGUGUUAUGUGUUUGCAAUGUUUGAUUUGAAAACCAAUGGAUGUAUUUUUGCAAUAUUGUGAAUAAAAGCUCACAAUUAACGA